AUGUCUUCCACCGUUAUUUCAUUCAACUUGCCAUACCUGUACAAGAUCGACCCCAAAGCUACAAACAAAACAGCUGGUUUCCAAACCUACUACGAAACCACGACGGGGCUCUGGAGAGAGCACAAGAACCCUGAAAAUGGAGAAUCCUACUACACCAUGGACAACUUGGCUCAGUUGGUUGACGAAAUCAACAAAGUCAACAAGGCCGUCGCAUCGGAUUUGGAUUUUGCCGAGUACACCAACCCACUGCUCAACAACCAGCAGAUUGCGGUGACGAUCCGCGGCAGUGAAGAGUUUGCCAAAGAGGCGAAAUCUCUGAUUCUCCGCAAAUACAAUAGCCUUGCUGUGAAAACUAUUGAAAUUACCGAGACUGAAUUUAUGAUGAUUGAUGAAAAUUUCGUCACCGAGAUGAAAAAUCUCUGCACUAGAUUUCAAGUUGAAGUGAUUAUCAACAACAAGCGGUUCACUCAAGGUGGACAGGAAACUGCUCCAGCUUCUGGUCCCGUUUACUGCAUACACAUUGUUGGCUACAUUGAAAACGUGACCCAAUGUGAAACCGGACUCAAGGUCUUGAUCGAUCUGUGCUUGAAUAAAUACGUGGUUGACGCUUAUUCACUCCCACUCAGCAUGGUGCCCAUAAUUGGCGGCUUUGAGCUCAAAAAUUUCAGCGAAGUUGCCUUGCAAACAAACUCAAACAUCUAUGUGCCGGACUUGUUGCCAAAUUUGUUCAAUUCCAACAUUGUCAGCGGCAACGGCGACUUGCACUUGUGGCUCACGGCCAAGAAUGCCGUUGAGUUGUUGCUCGCAAAGUCCAUCUUGGACAAGUUGAUUGCGUCGGAGCCCCAGCUCAAGACCAAAAGCUUGAGCAUUGACAACUGGAAGCUCAAUUUGAUGAUUAUGAAUAACCAAAAGGAAAUCAUCGACUUGAUGUUGAAAUACGCCGUGUUUAUCCAAUUGCCCAGCCUAGGCGAAAACGACUCAACCGAGGUUAUCGUGCAAGGCACCAACCCUGAAACCAUUGAUGAAUGCAUCAAGGAAGUUAGCUUGAUCACAGCACAAUACUAUACGGCCUCGUUCUCCUCAGGCGCUGCUCUGCAAGUAUUGGAAGCUUGCCAUUACACAUCAGAGUGUAUCUUGAAAAGCACCUCCGAAGUUGGAGUUGAGAUUGUCGGCAAAUCGCAACGGAUCAAAGCGUUGCUCAACUCGAGCUUGAAAUCUUUCCCCACAACAGUACGUCUUGAACUCAACAAUGACCAAAAGGAUUUCAUUAGUGGCAAAAAGAAUGGCAAACUCGUCAAGAUUUUGAACCAAACAAGCAAUAUCCCCACCAUCACCUUUAGCAACAAUAACGACUACAACCUCUACAUUGAAGUUGCAUCUCCACGUGCAGACAUCGCGGUCAAGGCCAUUGAGCUCAUUGAAUUGGAAUUACCCUCGGAGUACAAGUACUUUAUCCCGGAAAUAUUCCACCGCGCCGUGAUUGGAGGCGGAUCCGUCAUCCAAGCAAUCACCAAGAGAUAUAACGUGUUUACCAAGUUUUCAUCCGUUUGCAACCAAUCUACAAACGCAUACUCGUUAAGGAGAGAGCCCAAUGUCUUGAUCAAGUGUCCUCGCAAAAACAUGCAGAAUAUCCCCUUGGUCAAGCAUGAAAUCGACCAACUCGUGUACCAAUACAGCAUGAAUGAUGCCUACCAGCAACGCAAGACCACCGUUUACUACAAUAUAAAAUUCCAAAUCAUGAAGCACCAUUAUCUUCUCUUGGUCAACAACAACAAACUCCCCUUGAUCAACAGAUUGGAGCAAGAGUACAAUUCAUUCAUUGAUUUCCCCACUUCGAUCAACAAUUUCAAAUCCUCCAACGUGAUUGAAUUCAACAUCAAGGGCGCUGAGGGCAAGAUCAAGUCCUGUGCCAAGCAGUUGGCCAACCUCGUUCUUCCUCAAUCGUAUGAGUUUAAAUUUGCAGCCAACAAGAUUAAAUAUCAUGGUUGUUUCAAGAAUUCGCGCGAUUUUGAAGAACAAGUCGUUAUCCCAUUCAAAUUGUUGCUUGGCUACGACAUUAUAGUCAAUGAGACCCCGCUUGAUUCACAACUUCCCUAUCAUCAAAUCAUGAUGUCCUAUUAUGAUAAUAGUAAACUCCCCGAGGCGAUCGAAGCCAUGACGUACUGGCUUCGAGAACGCGGAUUUCUCAUUUACGAAAAGUCGCAAAUGUCGUAUAAUCCAAUCUUGGAAUCAACCAUGCCUUCACCUACAAGGUCAAACAUGAUGCCCGUGUCGAUGCCAGCACCAAUGCAAGUGCAAUUUUCACCAAUUCCAUUGCAACCAAUCUCCAACACCACGUUCAACAAUAUUUCACCCACGGGCUCCCCCAUACGCAAAUUGCAGCAAUUAGCAAGCCCCCCCGCCUUGGGAUCGUCGCCAAGUAACCAAGGGUACUACAUGGUUUCUCCAUCUCGACAACAAUUGAUGAUGCGUUCUUCCCCCGUCAAGAGCAAUUUCCUGAGUCCGCAAUUUGCGCCUCAAUCGCCAACGAGGCCAUCUAGAGCUAGAUACAAUGGCCAAGUGGGCGGAUACGAUCAGUUGUCGCCGGUCAAGUUGUCGCCUUCUAAAUUCCAGAGUUUGGCUCGACCUGUUUACGCUAUGAAUACUUAUGUUUACAAUGUAUAG